AUGGGCUUAUUAACGCUUGGGACACCAUUAUCAUGGAAUGAAAUAGCACCCUGCGUUGACUAUAUUAAAGAGCACGGUAUUGCACAAUUCAUUACUCUCUAUCAUCGAUUGAAAGGACGUGAAGGUGAUCAACUGAAAUGGGGCGAUGAAAUUGAAUAUACGAUUGUUAAGUUUGAUGAUGAUGCGAAGAAGGCUCGGGUAAGUUUACGAGCAGAAGAGCUUCUUCAUCAAUUGCAAGCUGGCGAAGAAUUGAAUGCACUAUUGGGUAAUGAAAACUGUUGCCUAUGGCGUCCAGAAUUUGCGGCAUACAUGAUUGAAGGAACACCGGGAGCACCUUAUGGAGGUUUGUUGGCAUGCUUUAAUGUAGUAGAAAGUAACAUGAUAUCUCGUCGAGCUGAAGUUACACGGUUGUUGAAAAAUGACGAAUCAAUUAUGUCAAUAUCAUUUCCAUCUUUGGGUACGCCAGAUUUCACCUCACCUUCAUAUGAACCGCAUCCGGAUGAUACUAACAGUUUUGGUUGUUCGAUAUUUUUUCCUGAUGAAGCAAUUUACGCAGGACAUCCAAGAUUUCGGAAUUUGGUAAGAAAUAUCAAGCAGCGGCGUGGUGAAAAAGUUGCCAUAAAUGUGCCAAUAUAUAAAGACAGCAAUACACCAAAUCCAUAUCAGGAAAAUUUUACACAGGCAAAAGAUGGAGGUCAGUCUGCACGAGCUGCUAAACCAGAUCAUAUUUAUAUGGAUCAUAUGGGCUUCGGAAUGGGUUGUUGUUGUUUGCAAGUCACUUUUCAGGCUGUCAAUAUUGAUGAAGCGCGAUGGUUAUAUGACCAACUGACGCCAGUAACACCUGUAUUACUAGCAUUAUCAGCUGCGACACCUGUUUUUCGAUCACGAUUGGCUGAUGUUGAUUCUCGUUGGGAUGUCAUAUCAGCGAGUGUAGACGAUCGUACAGCUGAAGAGAGAGGUUUGAUGCCAUUGAAAAAUAACAAAUUUGUACUGGAAAAGAGUCGAUAUGAUACAACUGAUUGUUAUAUUUCUCCCUGCUCUGAAUCAUACAACGAUAUACCGCUUCAGUAUGACGAUAAGAUUUAUAAGCAGUUAAUGGAUGGUGGAAUUGAUAACCUUCUUGCACAACAUGUUGCGCAUAUGUUUACUCGCGAUCCUUUGCAGGUAUAUCGUGAACGUAUUGAGCAAGAUGACAUGAAGACAACUGAACAUUUCGAAACAGUUCAGAGUUCAAAUUGGAUGAAUAUGCGUUUCAAGCCACCUCCACCCGAUUCACCAGAAAUUGGUUGGCGUGUCGAAUUUCGACCAACUGAAGUGCAAUUAACAGAUUUCGAAAACGCAGCUUACUGUUGUUUUGUUGUACUUUUAACAAGUUAUACUGGUCGAGAGAGGAAGUUAGAUUUGAAGGGUGAUGAUAUCAUUUCACAUUACUUUAUUUUGCCCAUUUCUGCUGUUACGGAGAAUAUGAAACGUGCACAACGUCGAAAUGCCGUGAUGGAACAAAAACUAUUUUUCCGUAAGCGUAUUGCAACUUGCAACUCACCACCAUGUGCAAGAGAAGCAGGUUGUACACUCGAUUCUGAUGAUGUGGUAGAGAUGACUGUCAAUGAAAUCAUUAAUGGGAGCGGUGACGAUUUUCCAGGAUUAAUACCAUUAAUGCGUCAAUAUUUGGAUAGUGCUGAUGUUGAUGUUGAUUCGCGAUGCACUGUAUCUCAGUAUUUAAGCUUCAUACAGAAACGAGCUUCUGGUGAGUUGCAAACUUUAGCUGCAUGGAUGAGGGAAUUUAUUUGUGAACAUCCUGAUUACAAACAUGAUUCAUAUGUAGGAGAUCGUAUUAUCUACGACAUGUUGAAAAAGAUGGAUAACAUAUCAAAAGGACUAGUGUCCUGUCCAAAGUUACUGGGUAAUUAUCGCACAAAAACCGAUUCACGCAUACCGAUGGCAGUUCGACGGGCGGAAGAAAAGUUGAUUGUGAGUCAUAAGAAGCAAAGUCAGUGA